AGGAACAGAGUCAUUAUACCUGCCAGCCUCCAAAGCAAGCAGAAGGCACAGAGUUCCUCAGUGACGGACAGAGAAACGGACGUCAGUCAGUCAGCCGCUGCUUCCCCCGAGGAUAAUGGACACGAGUGGACAGAUGAUGAUGCUCAAGGCUCUCACACUUCUGGGACUCUUCUUAGCCUCCUCAGUGUCUGCUCUUGCAACAAAAGACUCUGCACAGAACCUGAUUUGUACUACAUCCUCUCGAUCCUUGACUCCUCCCACCUCAGCACACUCUCUCAGACCUGGAGAUGUGACUCAGAUGUCUGCUCUAGCCAUACCUCACCCACCUCAGACUGACGUGUCUCGGCUUAUGGACAGAAUGUGGGAACUGAUGUCCAUGUUCAGCCCCGGUCUUAUCAAUCCGUCAAAUGAUAAGUCUCUUCAUGUCAACGCAGAGGAGAUGAUUGAAUUUCUCAACCACCAAGAGCUGGAUGACUGGAAGCUGGUGCUGCUGUUUGUGCAGAUGGACAGCCUGUGCGUUUGCCCAGAGCAGGUGAGCAACACUGUUCAGGUGGUUGAGAAGACAAUUGGGUUCUUACACUCUCAGCUUAAGAAGACCAUUGUUAGUGUCAUGGUGUGGGAUAGUUCAGCCCAACCUGGGUAUCUACAGCACAGCAGGGCUUGCCCCUGCAGUGGGGCACGGGCCGCAGGAGAACUGAGACUGCUGAAGGCUGUACUCCCUCAGGUCUUGCAGGAAGCUCUACACCGCCACCUGGUGGACAAGAAGUUUUACAGCGACAGGGAAGAUUUCACUGUGGUGCUGCAGAAUGCACCUGUUUUUUCCCACCUCCCUGGAACUGAAUCUGGGCACUAUACUGUGGAUGAGUCACUCCACACUAACAAGCUGGCUGUACAGUUGUGGGCAAACCUUCUUCAGCCCGCUGAAGAGCAACGGGAUAUGGACGACACAAGCUUUGGGAUCCCAUGCCCAAGCGAGGAGCAUCCGUACCUGAGGACAGAAAGAAACUCCCCGUCCGAGUCAUAUGUGAGCGCUGCGGCUCCUGCUGCUGGCUCAGUAAUGGGAACGGAAAUGCCUUGUAUGGACCGCAGUCCUUCUCCUGUUACACCAACCUCUGUGCAUGAAAUCCGUCCAGCUGACCUAAGAGUGGUGGCGGCGAUAGGGGACUCACUGACAGCGGGUAAUGGGGUUGGCGCUACUAACGCUAAUAACCUGCUCCAGGUGCUGGUUCAGUACCGUGGCCUGUCCUGGAGUGUGGGAGGAGACAAGAACCUGUCAUCUGUCACCACUCUGCCAAACAUCCUAAAAGAGUUUAAUGCCAACGUGACGGGCUUCUCGGAGGACAAAGGGAAGGAGAACACUCCACAGGCGUUCCUCAACCAGGCCGUUGCUGGGUCCAAAGCCAAUAACCUGAUAGGACAGGCUCGGGCCUUGGUGAACAGGAUGAAGACAGACACGCGUGUUAACUUCCAUACUGACUGGAAGGUCAUCACUGUGUUCAUCGGCGGCAAUGACCUGUGUGACUACUGCUCGAACGCUCUCGUCUUCUCCCCAGACAACUUUGUGAGACACAUCAGAGAGGCGCUGGACUUUCUUCACAAAGAGGUUCCGAGGGCCAUAGUGAACCUGAUCGAGCCCAUCCACAUCACCCCUCUGAGGCGCAUGCACCAGGAGCCCUCAAUCAGGUGCCCCACCUGGCUGGUCAAUAUUAUCUGCCCCUGUGUUGUCGGACCAAAGCAGAACUCAGAUGCAGAGCGGAGGCUGAAUGAUCUCAACAGACUUUACCAGCGGGCCAUCCACGAACUGAUUGAGUCUGAGCGUUAUGACACACAUGACAAUUUCACCGUGGUCAUACAACCUUUCCUGAGGGAGAUUGUACUUCCUGUACUUCCAGACGGGCGUCCAGACCGCUCUUAUUUCUCUCCUGACUGUUUCCACCUAAGCCAGAGGGCCCACACGCAAAUGGCACGAGCACUGUGGAAUAACAUGCUAGAGCCUCUGGGCAAUAAGACUCACAUUCAGGACUUCACAGCUGGCCUCAAGCUCACGUGCCCCUCUCAGAGCUCCCCCUUCAUGAGGACUUACAAAAACAGCAACUACACCUAUCAAGGCCCUAAACCAACACCACCUCCAACCACGGAAUGGGGCAGAGAUUUCUCCUGCAAGUCUGUGGCUCCAUCCGCCUCCGUGCCCACGUCAGCACACAAACUCAGGCCUGCUGAUAUCAAAGUGGUGGCUGCACUGGGGGACUCUAUUACGGCUGGACGUGCAGCAAAGGCCAAAACCUACAAUGACCUAAAAAAAGAGUAUAGGGGGGUGUCAUGGAGUAUUGGGGGUGACAACGACUUAAAGACCAUCACUACUCUGCCAAAUAUUCUAAAGAACUUUAACCCCUCCAUCCAAGGCUUCUCAAAGGGUCAAGGGUCAUUUCAAAAAGGGUUCAACAUGGCCGUCUCGGGAGCACAGGCCUCUGAAAUCCCAGCACAGAUAAGGUCUCUUAUCCAAGCCAUGAAAACUAACAAUAAAGUCAACUAUGCAGAGGACUGGAAGCUGGUGACACUGUUUGUUGGAGUCGGUGAUUUGUGUCACUACUGCAAAGACCAAAAUAACCUGUCAUCAAAGAACUUCACUGAACAUCUUAUUGACAGCCUGGACCUGCUGUAUGGUGAGGUGCCACGGGUGUUGGUAAACAUCCUUGAAGUUCCACAAAUUGAUUUAUUGAAGAAAAUCAACAAAGGGACCCUGACCUGUAGCUUCCUUCCAAGGGAAACAUGUCCGUGUGUGAUUGUUCCUGAUGAGAACUCCCCUGAGCUGAUGGAGCUGAAGAGGGUCAAUGUGGAGUACCAGGCUGCAUUGGAGCAGUUGGUGUCUGGGGGGCGCUACGAUGAACGGGAGGAUUUCGCUUUGGUCCUCCAGCCCUUUUUACUACAUCCCAUGGUCCCUUUGGUCGGGGUUGGGCAGCCUGACCUGAGUUACUUCUCCCUGGACUGCGUUCACCUCAGUGAGAAGACUCACUCUGAAAUGGCCACCGCGCUCUGGAACAACAUGCUGGAACCAGUUGGCAGGAAGCAUUUCUACACCAACUUCACAUAUGACCGCACAAAGAUUCACUGUCCCUCAGAGGCUCAGCCGUUCAUCUUCACCCACCACAACAGUCAACCCAGCCCUGUCCCAGUCACAACCCCAGGCCCCACAUCCACCCCGCGCGAAACAACCUCUGCCCCUCCAGUGCCCUCAUGCCCAGCCUCUGUGCCUGUGUGGGUACCAGUGGUCCUGGCCAUAACAGGCCUUCUGAUUGGCUGGGGACUCACCUGGAUGGUGUUCUCGCGGCAACAAAGACGGAUGCUGAAGAGCAUGAAGACAGAAGGAAAGGACACAGACAAGAAAGAGACAGGGUUGUAA